AUGUAUGUGAAAUGGUUUGAUACAGUAAUGUUUUACUAUGUUAUUUCAGUGAAUGUCACUUUUUGUCAUUUUCAAAUUUGCCGCCGUUCCGUCCCCCGUACGUCCCAGGAGACGGAACCCAGAAGACAGAUGCUGGCAUCCACCGGAGAACAUUACAGGGGUCACUGCAGGAGGGACAUCGUGGGAGCGCAGGACAAGGUUAGAGAAGAACAAAUCCUGGAGCAGCACCACAUGGUAAGCCCGACUGUAGCUCGGGGUUACCGCUUUUGCUACACUCGGGAAUACCGCCAGGGAGGU